AGCUCGCUAGAGUCAUUUGCUGACCCGUGUUUGAGUGAGAGAGAGGAGCAAGGAGGAAGACUGGCUUGCGUUAAGAGCUGUCGAAGACGGACAGAUAACAAUACCGAAUACUUGAUCAUAUCUAUUCACUCUCUGCUUUUGAGUUGCGCCGGUCGCUAAAAGUUCCCGUUUUGGAAACCGUCCAAAAUGGGAUUCCGCAAAAAGACCAACAAGAACCCGCCGGUGUUGAGCCACGAGUUUAUCAUCCAGAACCAUGCAGAUAUUGUUUCCUGUGUUGCUAUGGUGUUCCUCCUCGGGUUGAUGUUUGAGGUCACCUCGAAGGUUGCAGUGCUGUUCAUCACUGUCCAAUACAACGUUACCAUCUCUGAAAAUGAAGGCCUAUCAGAGGAGAGCGUGGUGAACCACUUCCACCACGGGCUGAAGGAUCUGGCUACGAUCUUCUUCUACAUGCUGGUGGCCAUCAUCAUCCACGCUAUCAUUCAGGAGUAUGUACUGGACAAAAUCAACCGAAAGAUGCACUUCUCUAAGACCAAGCACAGCAAGUUCAACGAGUCAGGCCAGCUCUCUGCUUUCUACCUGUUCUCCUUCGGAUGGGGAACCAGCAUCCUCAUGUCUGAGAACUUCCUGUCCAACCCAGUGAGUCUGUGGGAUGGAUACCCUCAUGCCCUGAUGACGUUCCAGAUGAAAUUCUAUUUUAUCAGCCAGAUGGGCUACUGGCUUCACGCUCUGCCUGAGAUCUACUUCCAGAAGACCAAGAAGGAGGAUAUUCCCCGACAGUUGGUGUAUAUCUCUCUGUACUUAGUUCACAUCACAGGAGCAUACAUUCUCAAUCUGAAUCGUCUGGCUCUGGUCCUGCUGGUGCUGCACUGCUUCGUAGAGCUUCUCUUCCACGUGUCCCGCCUGGUCUACUUCAGCAACGAGAAGAGACAGACUGGGUUCUCCAUCUGGGCGGUGCUGUUUGUCCUUGGACGGCUGCUCACCCUGUCCCUGUCUGUCCUGACUGUGGGCUUCGGCCUGUCCAACGCUGAUCAACAGGGACUGGACCUGGCUAACGGGAACUUCAAUGUGCUCAUAGUUCGGAUCACUGUGCUGGCUACCAUCUGUGUGACUCAAGCCUUCAUGAUGUGGAAAUUCAUCAACUUCCAGCUGAGGAGGUGGAGAGAGCAGGCCCAGGCCCAGCCCCAGCCCGUGAAACCCAAGAAGCUCCAAGCUCCCAAGACCAAGUCCAAGAAAGACAAAGCCAAUGGAGUGAACGGAGUGAGUUCCAACGGAGCCGAUUCGCCGAGAGCAAAGAAAGAGAAGUCUUCGUAAACUACCCCCACCCCCUUCUCAGUUCCUCCAACCAAUCCCCUUCAGGCAGCAUCCAGCCUUCUCAUUCCACUGCUCUGUAUGCUGUCUAUGGCCCAAUCCCAAAUCCAUCCCUAGACCCUUGUAGAGAUCUAAGAGGAAAUGAUUGAUUCAAGCAAUAUGGUGAAACUUCCACCUAGAAUAUCAGAGAGCCGAGUUGUACUGAGCCCAUAUUGAUUACACCUGUCAUAUCAUCUCAGAUCCCCUCAAGGGGGUUUCAUUUGGGACUGUUCAUCUACAACAGCUACUAAAGGAGGACAACUCCUUCCAACAGGACUACAAGAUCCAGAAUGCAUCUUGGCUUCAUCUGCUUGUUGCCAAUCUCCAGUGCUGACCAUUCCCAGAAUCAUUGUGACACUGCUGUGUCAUUAUUACAGCGAAAGAAAACCAUGAAAGAACAAAGAACUUAUUUAAAAGUGCCUAUUCAUAGACUGUACAGGAUGUGCAGAUUUAAAAUGUCAGGAAUGAUAUAAGCUCAGUAUUUCAGUAAACCCCCCCCAAGCCAGUUAUGUUAUUUAUCACUCUGUGUCCUGUGACAUGUUCUGUUUCUUUAACAAAAGGUCUUCUUGAUUCAGUCCCAUUUAUUUGGAACCGUCUGAGGAGAAAUGCACCUGCUGACCUUCUAUUUUAAAUGACCUCAUUUCCUGUUUUUUUUUGUGUGUGGGGGGUGGGGGUUAUUUUUUUCAUCAACACAGACAGGUUUGUAGAAUGGAUAGGUGUAAUUGGUUCAUUGGAAUGGGUGGGUGUAAUUGGUUCAUUGGAAUGGAUGGGUGUAAUUGGUUCAUUGGAAUGGAUGGGUGUAAUUGGUUCAUUGGAAUGGGUGG